UUACAACUCCUAUGUCAACAUCAGAGGCUGAGCGAAAUUUCUCAACAUUGAAAAGAAUCAAGACCUUUCUUCGAAAUACUAUGACCCAGGAUCGCCUUACAGCGUUGUCGAUGCUGUUCAUUGAAAAAGUAUUUAUUUCGACCAUGGAAAAUUUCAACGGGAAGGUGAUCGACAAAUUUGCUGCCAAGAAGGAGCGCAGGAUCGAACUGACAUAA